AUGGCGCAUGCACUCUUUCGGGGCGAGCAGCAGCAGCAGCAGCAGCAGCAGCAGCAGCAGACGGUGCAGCAAGAGAAGCCCUUGCUGCAGCUGGUUGCUGCUACCCUUUGUGGGGAGGCAACAGCAGCAGCAGCAAAUCCUGAAACUUUUGCUGCUGCUGUCUACGGUGCGCGGAGCCACUUUGGGCGCAGCAGCAAGGCAGCAGCAGCCCCGCAGGCGGUUAAGCUGCAGCAGCAGCGGAUCCCCCUGCUGCAGCAGCAGCAACAGCAGCAGCAAAGACAGCAGCAGCAGCAGCGCGACCUCUUGCUGCCGUGGAAUGGUACACUAGGGGCUGCUGCGCUGCUCGAGGCUCCCACAGCAGCAGCAGCAGCAGCAGCAGCAGCAGCAGCAGCAGCAGCUGUCUUCGCAGCUAGCUGCCCUUCUGAUUGGCUGUUUCUGCACAUGUGGCUGGGCAGCUAG